GCGACCGUACCACACACAUACAACAUACGUUCUGCGUGCCGCCGUGUUGUUGUCUCGUUUCGUCGACAGUUUGAUGCUGCGUUUUUGUAUACGAAUAGAUCGAGACAUACACGCGCGUUGUGUGUAUUCACCAUCCCGGCGCGCCGCUGCACCAUAUCAUUUGUAUUGUACCCGUCGUUCCAAUGUUUUGAUGCUCUAAUGGUAUAAUAAUUUGAAAAAAGUGCACGUUCGAUUAUUUUACGGAUUAAAAACCGUUAAAGUGCAGUGCGCUUGAAGCAGUGCUGCGAUAUCAAUAUUUGUUUGUUGUCAUACAUACCUUGCGAAAAAGGGCGAUUAUACAGUGCUUGUAUUUGUUAUUCAAUUGUUUUUCAUGAUUGACCAGUGAAUGGUUCUCAAAACGAAUCGAUAAAAAAAGUGAAGCUUCGUGGCCCGAGUGUGAUCUGUCUAUUGGAAUAUUAUAAAAACAUAUAUUCAUGUGAAAUUGGCAGUUUUGUUUCGGACAGUUAGUUUUGUGUGUUGUCCAGCUCGAAUGUGAAUACAUCUCUCAAACGCGAUACAUAUAAAUUGCGAAGAGAGGAGCAGACAUUCAUAUAACGUGUAUCAAAACUUCAGCAGCGAGGUCCCUUCCACCACUCGCUUGAAUAAUCGUUACGAAGGUUCAUAACAUGGAUAUGGAAUCAUUGUAUGACUACGCGGAAGAAGAACACAACUUUUACGAAGCAUCACAGGUGGCUCCUGGUGCGCACAAGGGAUAUCCAAUUGACCAUCGUCCGUUGAAGCGGAAUGUACAUUUCUCUCUUGGCCAUUUGGGUUACGCCGCUGGAGACAUGACCGAGGUGGCCAAAUACAUGAAGCAAGAGUUGCCCUCGGAUGCCGAGGAGGAGGGCUGCGUGGUGCCAAGCUACACCGGACGCAUGAACGGCUCCUUCGCCAUGCGCAAAGUGCCGUCCCUCUCGGAUCUCUCCGAUCCCGAAAGCUCGCUCGAUAUACCGGCGCAAGUGCCACCGCUGACACCUGGCACGAACAAGAAGAUGACCGAAGCCUUGAAGGCCUCCUUCGCCUCGUGGGAAAAGGAACAAAUUCGCCUCAAUAUAACCAAAGAUCCACGCCAAUGGACGGAAUCGGCGGUAAAGCACUGGCUUCAAUGGGCCAUCGGCGAAUUUUCACUCGAGGGCGUGGCCAUGCAGCCUUGGCAGAACAUGACCGGCAAGCAGAUCUGCAACAUGGGCAAGGAGUCGUUCCUGGCACAUGCACCGGUCUUCAUGGGCGACAUACUCUGGGAGCAUCUCGAAAUUCUUCAGAAAGAUGUCGAUAACGAGAAAGCUUCGCUGGAGAACAUGCCGUCGAACCUGUACGAGUCCGUAUGCAUGCCCGAUUUGGGCGAUUACUUGAGUUACAGUCAACAGCAGCAUCAACAGCAGCAACAGCAACAGCAGCAACAGCAUCAGCAGCAGCAAGGGGUCAGCAAUAAUCAUUCACAGCAGCAGCACCAGCAGCAUCCGAGAGAGACGAAACCCGUGAUAGCCAACAAUAACGCUCGAUCAUCGCCGCAGAAUCUUUCGGCCAUGCCACCCACUAGGUCUUAUCACACCGACGGUGGUUAUCAUCAUAUGCGAAGUCCAGCGGAGCAGGACACGCGAGGCCGAGACCGUUCGCCGCAAUCGACGAGUCCCUUGUCAGUAACGUCGAACAGCGCGAGCAGCAAUGCCGCCCCCACGGCGCCCCAGUCCUCCAACAACAACAACAGCAGUAAUCACAACAACAACAAUAACACGACGGCGAGCAACGCCUACCUCAACCUACGGAACAUCAAUCAGCUGAAAGCUGAAACGACGUACACCAAUGGUCCGCUGCCGAGCGACGCGACGACGGGCCACGGGCCCGCGCAGGGCAUGCAGUCCCAGGCCGGCAGCGAUCUCAGCUCCGGCGGUGAGAUCGAUCUCAGAUCGUCCUCGGCAUCGGGGGCGAGCGACAAUUACCUCACGCCGGCGCAUUACUCGGGCUACGACGAGCCCGCCGAUUUUCACACCCUGGGCACGUCGAGCGAACAGCAGCAACAGCAGCAACAGCAGCAGCAAACGCAGCAGCAGCAUCAUCACUCGAACCCACACGGAUACGGGCUCGAUAAUUCGCCCGAUGGCUUCUACAAUGCCGGCAUGCAUAGCAUCGAGCAAAAGUAUCAUCCAGCAGCAGCGUUCAAAGGCUACCCUCGUGCGGGACGCAAUUAUCAUCACGACAGCUACAACGAGGGCCCCUACGGUCAGUACGACGCGCCGUUCCAAACGGUACCGGGCAGCACGCCCGGCAACAGCGGCACCUCCACACCGGCUGGACCUGGUGGCAACGAGCAACAGUGGGCCGUCGGGCCUGUCGGCGACACGCUAACGCAUCAUUCCUCAUUCAUCGCUGGCCUCGGCCACAGAGACACGGCGGCUCAUCAUGCGGCCCAGAUUGUACAGAAUCAGGAUCAUCAGAAGCCACUUUUAUCGAGCGCCAUGCUUGCCGGAUACUCAGUGUCUGGCGCUGGUCCGUGUUUCACAGGCUCUGGCCCCAUUCAGCUGUGGCAAUUCCUGUUGGAACUUCUGACAGACAAGAGCUGUCAAGGGUUCAUCUCGUGGACUGGUGACGGUUGGGAGUUCAAACUCACCGAUCCAGACGAGGUGGCCCGCCGCUGGGGUGUUCGAAAAAACAAGCCCAAAAUGAAUUACGAAAAGCUCAGUCGUGGCCUGCGCUACUAUUACGACAAGAACAUAAUUCACAAAACGGCUGGCAAACGAUACGUUUACCGUUUUGUCUGCGAUCUCCAGAAUCUCCUAGGUUACACGCCCGAAGAAUUACACGCAAUGGUUGAUUUGAAGCCAGAAAAGAAGGAAGAAGACUGAGCUUAUGAAACAUUUCAAACUUGAGGGUACAAUGCAGCACCGAAAUAGUUAUGUAGUGUAUACAUAUUUUUUUUGUAUUGUAAAAAAAUAGUGUCAGUGAUGAGUCAGGCCAGCUUGUUCAUUUCUAAUCUGAAUCAAAGAAAUUUUAGGAAAUUUUUUUACAAUAUACAUAUAUAUAUUUAGAUAAAAAAAAUGACAAUUUUUUGUAAAAUUGAUUUGAAAUAAUUGAAAUUCAAAGCGAGAGCUGCCGCAGCAUUGUAUUGUUGGUAAAAAAGUAAAAUGUAAAAGAGUAUUAUACUCGAUAAGAGAAUGCGAGAGUAUGUGCGUGUGCGAGUGCGAAACGAACAAUUUUAUCAAGUAAAUUAUACAUAAUUUAUAUUAUAAACGAACGUGUGGAAUUGUACGUAUGAGAGAUAUGUUUCUUUUUUUUUUAUUGUUUAUUGUGAGCGUUGAAAUGCCUAGUGAGAUGACAAUUUUUAAUUCGUAAGCGAUAACGAGAGCGAGAGAGUAAACGAGUUAUUGGUUUUAAGGAAUGCAUGAGAGUUGCCUCCUUUUUCCUUCUUCUCAAUUCCCUUGUUCUUUGUAUCACGUCCCAAUUGUAGAUUAAUUUUUAAUAAUUAUGCAAUAUGUAAUAAGUGUUUAAGUUGUAAAAUUAAAAGUACGAAGAAAGAUGAAAAAAAACCAACAAGCAAUGGAAGGGUCAGUGUGCUGAAUUACAUUAAGUACAUUCCGUGGCCGAAAUAAAAAAUAAAAAAAAGUUAUCAUUAAAAUGCUUCCAAACAA